UGCAUGGGUGAUGCGUACGUCCUCCAGACUUGCAGCUCCAGCCUGGACAAGUCUGGCACGUCAAUGACCUGCAUGACUGAAUCAGACAUCGCGAGGAAGACACAUCUCAACCACGAAUGUCACGGACGGCAUCAUGCAUGGACAGCCGCCAAGUGCAUGCCACUGUGAAAGCUUAGCACG